AUGAUUCCCAUGAUCGCGAAGAGCGAGGAGGAGCAGCCAGAGAAUGUCGGCAGUUGCACAUUGAGCGAUAUCGAGCUGUUACAGGCCAUUUCGCGCCGAGUACAUUUUGGCAAGUUUGUAGCCGAGACCAAAUUUCUCGCCGAAAGGGAAAAAUUCACUGAACUGAUCAAAGCUCGCGACUCACAAGGAAUCGACGAAGCCAUCACCAACAGCGCCGUCGAGCAGCAGAUUCUCGACCGUCUGCUGCUGAAAGCCGAAACCUACGGCACAGAUCCCACUCUCCGCUACAGCCAAAAGGCCCAAGGCAACAUUGAGCCCGAGGCAGUCGUCAAAAUCUACAAAGAAUGCAUCAUUCCCCUGACCAAGAAGGUCGAAGUCGACUACCUUCUUCGCCGUCUCGAGGAGAACUAA